GCCUUUGUCAUAGCAUACCCCAAAGAGAAAAUCAGUAUUGUCUCUCUCCCUUAGCAAUAGUUACCACUUUCAAAGAAACCCUUUUCCCUCAACAUUUGCAAAGCAUGAAGAAUCAAAGAAAACCGAUCUUUAUAGCAAGCUUUCUAGUCUGCGCAAUUCUUUUCUCAUAUUCUCCAUCAACCAGAUCUCAAGAAGUUGAGAAUGAGAGAGAAUUUGAUUAUGUUGAAGGAAGCGAUAAGGGGCCACGUCAUUGGGGAGAAAUCAGGAAAGAUUGGGCAGCUUGUAAGAAUGGAGGCAUGCAAUCUCCCAUAGAUUUGUUGAGUCAGAGAGUGAAAUUGAUUCCCAGGUCAGGGCAACUAAAAAGGAACUACAAAUCUUGUAAUGCCACAGUCAAGAACAGAGGACAUGACAUUUCGCUACAAUGGGUAGGUGAUGCGGGAUCAAUACAGAUCAACGGCACUGAUUACUUUCUACAACAAGGCCACUGGCACUCACCUUCUGAGCAUUCCAUAAAUGGCAGGAGAUUUGAGUUGGAGCUGCAUAUGGUUCACGAAACCAAGGACCUCAGCGUGAAAAAUAAGAUUGCUGUUGUCGGACUCUUCUACAAGAUUGGUCAACCCGAUCCAUUCAUUUCAAAGUUGAUGAGAAAUAUAAUGUCCAUGACUGAUAAAAGGGGAGAACGAAGAAUGGGGGUCAUUGAUCCUACAGAAAUCAAAAUGGGUGGCAAGAAGUACUACAGAUACAUGGGCUCACUGACGGUUCCACCAUGCACUGAAGGUGUCAGUUGGACAAUCAAUAAAAAGAUAAGGACCGUCUCAAGGGAACAAGUGAAAAUACUUAGAGAGGUGGUCCAUGAUUACGCUGAGAGGAAUUCAAGACCAAUUCAACCCCUCAAUCGUCGAGAGAUCCAUCUCUAUGGUCCAAAUACAAGAAAUACAAAUGACUAGAAGUAAAAGAUCCCAAAGCUUCUGAUGAGUUGUUCUGUCACUGCCUCCAGCUAAUUAUGUUUUCCACAAUGUUUGAUAUUUAGGGCUGGUUUGAGUGGUGACUCAAAAUAUUUCACUACUAUUUAUUAUUUUAUCAUUAUUUUUCAUUUACCUUUUACUAUUUUGUAUUACUAUUCAUCUACUAUUAAAUAAUUUUUUCUUAUUUUUUUACUAUUAUUUACAGAAUAUUUGAAAUCACUUUACUACCCAAAUACAACCUUAAUGUUCUGGACAACAUUUCCAUUGGUUAA